ACCUUUUUUUUUAUGGUUUGGUGAUGAAGCGCGGUUGAAUUUUUAGAGCCAUAUAAGGCAUUCCCAUUAACAUGAACAAUAAGCAAGUAAUUAGUGUCAUUUGAUCAUGUAAACAGUGAUCACUUAUUAUUCGAGAAAAAAAAAACGAAAAAGCAAACGAACGGUUUCUGAAAAUUUAUCAGUUAUUAGGAAUAGAUGUUCGGAUGCCAAAUGUUUUUUUUCGAAUAGAAUUAUGUGCAGGUAUUAUCCAUGUUGUGUUUUUUCCGGAGAAAAUUAAUCGUACGGAUGUAAGACUCUAUUCAUUCCCGAAGAGGUAUUUAACAUUGUUUUUCCGUUUUCUCAUUCCUAAUGCAGAAAAUACUAAAUGUGUUGUAAACAUUAAUGGCAAUGUUACAUUGAAAUCAAUCGGAGAUAUGUGGGAUUCAAGUGAAAAUCAAUGCAUUAAGCACAUUUGCGAGGUUGGAACAUUUGGAAAUGCUGUUGAGACACUUUUUCGUGAAUACUGUGAUCACAACUGUGAAAAAGGUCUUUGGGUGCCGAAGGAAGGUCAAUGUUGUGGUGAAUGUAUCCGAAAACAUUGUGUGUUCCAAAACCAAACCUAUAGCCCUGGAGAUGUCUGGAGGAGUGAAGACAAUUGCUUGUUCUAUGAAUGCGCCGAAACUUUUGAGGGGGAUAUCGUUGGAACAAAGGUUUCGUCAUAUAAAAAGGCAUGUCCAAAAUUAGAGAACUGUCCUACGAAUCAAGUUUUCUCCAAAGGCUGUUGUGCAUUCUGUAAAUCUAAUUCGAGUACAGAAAAUGAAGAAACAGAUGAUUCUUUCGCCAACCACGAUGAAACUAUGUCAAAAGAUACGUAUCUGAAUCAUCCUUGCAGGCGCGAAUGUAUACAAAACACAACACCCAGAACUUGUAGCUACAAAUUCGUGUUGGAAUGGUAUGAGACACUAAGUAAGGCAUGUUAUGACUGCCCAUCGAAUGAAACUGAUUGCUUUCGUCCGCAUUGCAUAUUUGUUGAUGGAUUUCGCAGAAGUGUUCUAGUUGUGAAUCGAAUGAUGCCUGGUCCAAUGAUUGACAUUUGCAAGGGAGAUACCAUAGUCGUUGACGUGGAAAAUCACUUGAUGGGAGAGUCUACCACCAUACAUUGGCACGGAUUGCAGCAAUAUGAGACUCCAUUUUUUGAUGGGGUACCGCACGUCACACAAUGCCCAAUUCUGCCGCAUACAACGUUCCGUUACAUGUUCAAAGCAGAUAUUGCAGGAACACACUGGUGGCAUUCGCACGUAGGAAUGCAACGGUCUGAUGGAGCGUUUGGAGCUUUUAUCAUACGAGAACCAGCAAGCGACAUUCCAUCUCAAAUCCGGCAAGUAAUCAACGAUCAAGAUACGACUGGCUUCAUUAUGAUGAUGCAAGAUUGGGAGCAUAAAAUUGGCGUCGCUGGCUUUUCAUCCUUUCAUCAUUCAAUCGGAGAUAAUAAACCAAAGCAGAUAUUAGUAAAUGGAAAGGGAAGAUAUUCGAAAAAAUUAAAAAUAAUGGAAACCACAGGAACUGUUGAGCUUGAUAAAAGUAUCUUUCCCAAAAUCACAACAGAAAAUCAAUUCAAUCCAAUACAUACAACGAAUGAAUCUGACACACAAGAUGAUACCGUUCCAACACCAUACGAGGUGUUUAAUGUUGACAAAGGCUUGAGCUAUCGUUUUCGAACAAUUAAUUCAGGUUUUUUAAACUGUCCGUUAGAAAUUUCUAUUGACAAUCACACAAUUUUGGUUAUUGCCUCAGACGGACAUUACAUUGAACCCGUGGAAGUUGAUUCGUUAGUUUCCUAUGCCGGGGAAAGAUUCGAUUUCAUUGUAAAUACCAAUCAGCCCAUUGGAAAUUAUUGGGUUCGAAUUAAGGGUUUGAUGGAUUGUGAUGAAAGAUUUAUGAAAGCGUAUCAAGGAGCAAUACUUCGGUACACAGGUGCCGAUAUCAUGAUACCGCAGGAGAAAUUAACAUAUGAUCAUAAACGAAUUGGUUUUCAAAUGAAUAGUUUGAAUAGAGGUCCCAAUCAAGUUGACAGUGUUGCAAUCGUGGAAGCGACCGCCCUUGAACCAGACACACCUGAACUAUUGACGGAACACACAGAUUAUAAAUUUUACGUUCACUAUGAUUUCUAUGAUAAAAAUUUCCCUCAAUUUAAUCAUCCGUCUUUGUAUAGCAUUCAGUCGGUUCCGAAUCGAAAUAAUAAAUUUUUUGGUCCCCAGUUGAAUGAAAUAUCAUUUCGAAUGCCGUCAACUCCGCUUCUAAUGGGUCGUGAUGAAAGUAAAUUCUGCAAUAGAUCAUCAUUGUUGGAACGGAAUAUCGAUUGUGAAACGAAUUUUUGUGAGUGUACACACGUUCUUCAAGUUCAUUUGAAUUCUACGGUAGAGGUAAUAAUAGUUGAUGAAGGCUACAUGUACGAUGCGAACCAUCCAUUUCACUUACAUGGUCACCACUUCCGAGUGGUUGGAAUGGAGAGGGUCAAACCAACUGGAAUUACCAUAGACGAAAUCAGGAAGCUAGACGAAUCUAAUAAAAUGAAAAGAAGACUGUCUGGAGCUCCUAUUAAAGAUACGGUUACCGUUCCUGAUGGAGGCUAUACGAUUAUCAGAUUUUUGGCAAACAAUCCAGGCUUUUGGCUGUUUCACUGUCAUAUCGACUUUCAUGUGGAGGUUGGCAUGGCGCUAAUUUUCAAAGUUGGAGACUACAACCAAAUGCGUCCAUUGCCACAAAACUUUCCAUACUGUUCAAACUUUUUCCCAACGAAUACGACGAUCACAUCGAAAGCGCAUGUAACAAAUUACAGUUUAUGUAUAAUUGCAAUUUCAUUUAUUGUAGCCAUAUUCAAUUGAACAUUCUACAAUUGAAGCAAAUUAGACAAUUGUAGAUGUGUAACAGUGUGUUGCUCAGGAAACAAAUGUGUACAUAAAAUAUUCUAUAGUUCAUUUUGUAUUAUCACAGCUAUUAUUGUUAAGUGUUAUAGCUCAUAAAAAUGGAAAUAAAAUUGGCAAAAUAA